CAGCAACCACGAGCGACAUCACUCGUAGCCUUCGGAUAUAGCCCCACCAACUGUAUCUGAGUAGCUGGUACUGCCACUUGCUAGACUCCUGGCGAACAUUUAGAGUAGUAGACUUCAGUCACAGGAUAUUCACAGCUUCUCACUCGUCCCGGGCUCAAAGUUCGCUUUAGCUACUCGCGACUGCCAAUUGAGCUCUACUCACGCGAGAAUGGCGCGGGGAGGCUCCAAGAGGGGAAACCGCGGAGGUGGGAACCGCCAUGGCAACAAGAAGGGGAGCAAGCGCAACGACCGAUCUAAUGCUGUUCGCAGCGAGCCGUGGUCUACCAUACCGAGAACAAAUGAUUACUAUGAGGCCUACUACAGCCAGGGCGGGUUCAUGGGAUACGAUGAGCUCACUAAAAUGUGGGAGUACAUGAAGACAGACCUGCCCACCAGCUGGCGCUUCACUGGGACCAAGACUGAUGCUCUCGCCGUUCGAGACAUCUUCAAAGAACGGUACAUUCCCCGAAUUGCCGCGACUGAAUGGGAAGGACAGCCUGUGCAGCCUCCAGAGCCUGUCUCUGCCUUUCCCGACGAGCUCACCUGGCACAUGAAGACUGACAAGAAGGUCAUUCGUCGGAACAAGCAGUUUGCAGAAUUCCAGAAAUUCUUGGUCGCAGAGACCAGUUCAGGCAACAUCAGCAGACAAGAGGUCGUAAGUAUGGUCCCGCCACACUUCCUCGAUGUCAAACCUGGAAUGGUUGUCCUAGACAUGUGCGCCGCUCCAGGCAGCAAAUCAGCUCAAUUAGCGGAGAUGAUUCAUGGUGAUGAAGAGGACCGUGUCCAGAUGGCUGCCUCAAGUAACGCACAUGACAUGUCCGACAAAUCUGGCGAUUAUAGCGAUGAUGGGCGAUCAACGGGGCUGCUGGUCGCAAAUGAUACCGAUUAUAAGCGCGCCGGAAUGCUAGUUCACCAGGUCAAGCGGCUUAAUUUCCCCAAUCUCAUCAUUACCCAGCACGACGCAGCCGCCUACCCGUCCCUAGAGAUUCCUGCCGGACCUGCUGGAGGAAAGAAGAAAUACCUCAAGUUCGAUCGCGUCCUCGCUGACGUCCCCUGCUCUGGAGAUGGCACGACUCGAAAGAACACCAAUGUCUGGCAGAAAUGGACCCCCAAGGAUGCACUCGGACUUCACGGCUUACAAGUGCGGAUCCUCAUCCGAGGCCUUCAGUUACUCAAGAAGGGUGGUCGCCUGGUUUACUCUACCUGUAGCAUGAACCCUGUCGAAAACGAGGCUGUGGUCGCAGACGCUAUCAGGCAGUGCGGUGGCGUAUCUAAAGUCACGGUUGUGAAUUGCGACGACCACCUCCCCAACCUCAUCCGACGGCCCGGAUUAAAGACGUGGAAAGUCAUGGACAUGUCAAGCGUACUAUUAGAAGAUAAGAAACCUCACAUGUUUACAAGCUGGGAGAAGUUCGAGGAGGUGAGGGAAUCAGUCAAGGAUGAAAACCGCUCGUUCUCUCGAAACAUGACUCCGGGCAUGUUCCCCCCCACCAACAUGUCUGAAGAGGAGCGCAUACCACUCGAGAACUGCAUGCGAGUCUACCCGCAUCUGCAGGAUACUAGCGGUUUCUUCAUUACCGUCCUCGAAAAGAAGGAGGAUAUCAAGGUCGCCCAAGUACCCAGCAAGACCGAGGAAGAGUCAGGGCUAACGGAGACACAAAAUGGUACUUCGUUGUCAAGAGCUGGAUCAAAGAGGCAGCGAUCGGAGGGUGCGGAUGAAUCUCAGUCACCAAAGCGAGUGAAGACAUCAUUCACUAACGGUACUGAGCCAGAUAUUGUAGCAACAGAGGAUACCCAAACUCCAGUUACUACCAACGUGGACGCUAAAAUGUCAGCAAACGGCGCCGUUAAAGACGAGAAGGACACCAAGGAGAUCUUCAAAAAACUCAACCGAAAUGGCCAGCCCGCCCAAACCGAGUUCUUCGAAUACCUCGCCCCGGAUGACCCAACUAUCAAAAACAUCACCGACUUCUUCGGCAUCUCGGCGCGCUUCCCUCGCAACCGCUUCAUGGUCAAGAACAAGGAAGGUAUCCCUGCCAACAAAAUCUACUACACAUCCGAACUCGCAAAGGAUAUUUUAACCAUGAAUAAAGACCGCGGCGUCAAGUUCGUGCACUGUGGCGUCGUCACCUUCAUGUCGCACAAAGUCAAAGACACCGACAACCCUGGCGCAAAGUGGCGACUCCAAGACGACGGAAUCCGGAUCCUCGAGCCCUGGGCUGCGAAGCGCAUCAUCACACUCAAGAGCAAGGCCACGUUGCACAAACUGCUCAUUGAGAUGUUUCCGAUCAUGCCAAAGGACGGGAAGCACAAACUCGACGAUGUGGGCGACCAGCUUGCGGAGAUGGAUGUUGGUUGCUGUUUCCUCAAGAUCGAGAAAUCGGAUGGCGGCGAUAGCAUGCCAUUCCCAAUGGUCCUUCCUGUCUGGCGACAUCCGGGUUCGAUCAACCUCAUGGUAUCGAAUGAGGAUCGGUUGGCGCUGUUGCUGAGGUUCUGGGAUGAGCUGAACCCGCCCAUUAUCAAUCAUGUCAAGGACAAGCAGGCUGCGAAGGAGGCUGCUUUGGCUGUUGAGGAUCAGGAGACUGCUCUUGCAGUUGAGGGUCAGGAGAUGGUAGAUAUUGAGGACAAGUAGGCGCGCGACAGGUUUUUCAUAUGAGGGCAUUAGGUUCCAAUAGAGCGAGGUGAAGGUAAGAUAGCAGAGCACUCACUGUGCUCAUAUAUAGUGCAUAUGGAGAAGGCUCAGCCUUCUUCCCAACCGUUC